AUGGAUAAUUCUAAUGAGCGUGAUUUAGUUAUCAAAAAUGCUAUACAACAAUGCUGUGAUAUUAUAUUUUUCUCUUCGUCUGAUGGCAAUGAAUAUGGAUAUGUAGUACAUUGUUUAGAAAGUAUAGAAACUAAAACCGCAAUACCUAGGUUGCAAAAUUAUGUUGAAACAAUCUUACCACAAUUCAAUAAUGGGCAAUUCAAUGCUCAUUUCAGGAUGCUUUCAACCACAUUCGAAUUUGUAUUGACUCUAAUUGCUCCAAAGUUAAAUAGACAAAGCCAGGUUACAAAUCUGUUUCACCAAAUAAACAAUUUUUUAUUGCAAUUUGGAAAAUGGCUAAUCUGGACUCUUACAAAUCAAUUUGUGAAAAAUUUGAUGUGGGGCGGGACUGCAGUCAUUGUUACUUUGGAAAUUUUGGCGUCAGCUUUCAUUACUUGGCCAAGCGAGGAAAAAGCUGAGGAAAUUAAAAAUGGAUUUUUUUCUACCCGCACCUUUCCAAAUGUGGUUGAUGCAAUUGAUGGGACACAUAUUAACAUUCCUUCACCUCAUGACCAUCAAGAAGCUUAUGUUCAGGGACGAAUUGGGCUAUAG